CUUCACAAUUUUAGUUCAGGCAAUAUUGAAGUCUGCCUGAAAUGGAUUUUUACAAGGCGGAGUUUGGGGGCCUUCAAUCUCCCUUUCCGCUGUACCCGCCAUCUUGUAGAGACCGGGGUAAUCAGGCAACAUGACGAACACCAGAGGCAAGAGGAGGGGGACGAGGUAUAUGUUCAGCAGGCCUUUCCGCAAGCAUGGCCCCAUUCCCCUGUCCACAUACAUGCGCAUCUACAAGAAAGGUGAUAUCGUUGACAUUAAGGGCACAGGAACCAUUCAGAAAGGUAUGCCUCAUAAGUGCUACCAUGGCAAGACGGGACGAGUCUACAAUGUAACCCAACAUGCUGUCGGCAUCAUUGUCAACAAGCAGGUCAAGGGCAAGAUCCUGGCCAAGAGGAUUAACGUGCGCAUUGAGCAUGUGAAGCACUCGAAGAGCAGGGACAGUUUCCUGCAGCGCGUCAAGGAGAAUGAAGCCAGGAAACUGGAGGCCAAGCAGAAAGGCACCUGGGUGGAGCUGAAGCGCCAGCCUGCUCCUCCACGUGAAGCCCACUUUGUCAGCACGAAGAAGAACACCCCUCAGCUGCUGGAGCCCAUCCCCUAUGAGUUCAUGGCAUAAAGUGCUCACACAAUAAAAAUAUUUGUACACACA